AUGGAGACCCUAUCUCGCCGCUUGGUUGCCUAUCUUCGUCACGACCCUACCGCUCCCAGGGACUCUGCCGGUUAUGUCCCAUUGGACCAUUUGGCCAAUUAUUGUCGAGUGACUCGCCCGUUACUUCUUCAGGUUGUUUCUUCCCCUACAUCGAAACAGCGUUUGUUUCUAUCGCCGUGUGGUGAGAAGUUGAGGGCCGGAGCUGGACACAGCGUUACCGAUGUAAACUUAGAGGACUUAGCUACCCCUGUCACCGACUCGCAAGGAGUACAAUAUUGUCGUCAUGCUACCACCGCCGAGGCUUGGAGCAUCAUUCGGAAGGAGGGACUCCGUGUCAUGUCCAGGCGAUACGUCCAUUUUGCUGAUCGACCCGCUGCCCUACGUCCCCAUUGUAAGGUUGUUAUUUCCUUGAAAGUAGGUGCCUAUCUCCGAGCUGGACAGAAAUUGUAUCGACUGCCCAAUGGCUGUUAUGCGGCUUCUGGUAAUCGGUAUGGAAUUGUACGACCCUGUUUCCUGACCGCUAGGACCUUGCCCCGUUAG